AUGGCCCGCCCCGCGUGCAAGUACAGCUCCAGUGAUGGUAGUGGUAGCGGCCAGCCGUACGAUCUGCGCACGUCACCAGCGCGCCUCGCACAAGCACGGAACCUCGCAAACAUGUUUACCAACUGUGACGCUAAUCAUGAACCGCCACACGGGCAUGGUGCUGGUGCAAAAUUCAAUGGACAACUCGAUCCGACGCUCGAUUCGGGCCUGGACGACCCCACGCACCAAUGGUAUCGCAUCCCCGUGAGCAGUGGCUACUUUGCCUUCAAGAACGGGGCCACCGGUAAACUCCUGGACCAUUGGCACGCCAAGGAAGGUUACGGCAACACGGUAGCCAUUAGCGACGGCCUGAAGGACCCCAACCGCCAAUGGUUCUAG